GGAAACGAACGAACUUAGAUGACCAUCAACAAACAACGCCCUUCCUAAAGCGAUGAAGGAAACGAGAAUUACAGGAAAUGGCAACCAGACUUGAAGAUGAAAAACAUGUUUUACGUAGAAAAUCAAGUGGGAUGCCGCGGAGUGUAGCUUUGGACGGAUCGAGCAUGAAGGAGCUCUUGUUCUUUGCCAAUCACGGAGAAAGCGAAUCCUUCAUGAGGAGUGCGAAGGGAGUUGAGGCGGUUUUGUACUUCCCAUGCAGGUUUGAGGGAUGGGCGGCAUCGAGGGACUGCGGGAGGUUUCUUGUUCAGCAAAUAUCUUCUAGUGUUCUGAAGUGAUAAAAAUUUUUUUGGAGAACUGCGGUGUUUCCUCUCUGCUCUUUUUAUACCGUCGUCUAAGAUUUCAUAAAAAAGAAGCUAAUGAUUUAAUAAGUUUAGGGUAAUUAUUUUGUAGUAUAAAAUUGUAUUAAGUUG